UUUUGUAGUAUCUUUGGCUGCGUCAUUUAAAACCGUGGAUGUGACGUCGCCGUCAGCUAAUAUCCCGCACGGAUUAAAGAUGGCGCCCUCUCAUGCGCUAAGGUGCUGCAAACGGGCUCUGAACUGGAUACCUGUCCUGUUUAUUAACCUGGUUGUCGGCUGGUCGUAUUACGCGUAUGUCGUGGAGCUCUGUGUGUAUACAAUCCCAAAUAAUGCAGAACGAAUCAGCUACCUGGUCAUCUUUCACAUUUUCCUCACCAUGUUUAUAUGGUCCUACUGGAAAACUAUCUGGUCCAAACCAGCUGGCCCAUCAAAAGCGUUCGCUCUGCCCAGAGCAGAGAAAGAACUGUAUGAGCGAGAGGAGCGAGCCGAGACGCAGCAAGAGAUUCUGAAGAAAGUGGCGAGGAAUUUACCCGUGUAUACGCGCACGGCAGGGAGAGCCAUCCGAUACUGUGACAACUGCCAGGUGAUCAAGCCCGACCGCUGCCAUCACUGCUCAACCUGUGAAAUGUGUGUGUUAAAAAUGGACCAUCACUGCCCCUGGGUGAAUAACUGUGUCGGAUUCUCAAAUUACAAAUACUUUGUCUUGUUCUUGGCCUAUGCCUCACUCUACUGUGUAGUAAUUUGUGCUACAGUCAUCCAGUAUUUCAUCAAAUUCUGGACCAAACAGCUGCCUGACACACACGCCAAAUUCCACAUCUUGUUUCUAUUUUUCGUGGCGGCCCUGUUCUUUAUCAGCAUCCUAUCACUUCUCGGUUACCAUCUAUGGCUGGUGGGAAAGAACAGGACCACUAUAGAGGCUUUUAGAGCUCCUGUCUUUGCAAAUGGUCCAGACAAAAAUGGGUUUUCACUUGGCUUCAGCAGAAAUGUAGCUGAGGUGUUUGGAGACCAAGCAAAGUACUGGUUUUUUCCAGUUUUCUCGAGUCUGGGAGACGGACAUUCCUUUGUUACCAGAUUGGUACACAUAGAUCCCGAACAAGCAAACAGUGUCCUUCAGCAAAAUGGAAAAAGCUCUACUGAUGGGGAGACCAACCCCUCUGUGCAUGGUAACAACACACAACACACAGGGGAGGACAGCAAAGAGAAAAUUGACAGAGGCCAGAUAGUCUCUGUGACGAUGGAGAGUGAGCCAUAGCAGAUCGCAGGCACAUCAGUGCAGAGCUCAUCAACUAUGAUGCCUUAAAGCAGGAGCAUCAGCACCUCCACAGGAGCCGUCCUCCACCCUCAUUCUGAGUUCGACAGUGCAACCUCACGCCACACGUUUUGUAUGUACAUUAAACGGAUCCUUCAUCUACCGUGCUUUAAAGCAGCACCACAGCAAUACUGUUAAGUCAACUGAGACCGAACAGGGACCUCAUAGACCUCAUAGGUCAAUAAGAGGUUUUGUCUUUGGAGCCAAAGACAUUCAAAAAAUGUUCUGUUGAUAUUGCAUCUGAAAAACUCUGGGACUGCUCUCCCCUUUGAGCCAGUGUAUGUCUACACUGCCUGCAUUCAUCUACAUGGAUUAAUCACAUUUCAACAAGAAAAUGAUCCUUUUCAGUAUUAAUCAAGCGUUAAUGACUAAGCCUCUGAACUUGUUAUCUUUGAUGUUGAGUGGUGGGAACCACUGAAGCGAUAUCUGUAUAACUCAUACAAACUGAUGGGUCAUUUCAGCACCGUCCGUAGUGCAUGCAAUAUGUCUUAUCAGUUUUUAACUCCAAGCACAGUGCAAUUAUUAAGACCAGCAGUCAAUUAUCAAAGGGUCUGAUUUAGUUUACAGUUUACAUGAUUGAAAAGAUUUGAAGGUCUUUCUGUUUACACUUUUAAGACUUUAUUUUUGCAUUUCAAAUUUUAUAUGAUGGAUAAAUAAACAGGUGAUAUAAGCUUGAAAUGUGAAGACCAAAUCCAGUUUAACUGCAGUUAAAACUGUCUGAUCCCAUUCCAAAUAAUUAAGCAACCAAUAGCUCUCCUACUGUCAUCAUUGUCAUUGCCAUUUUUCAUUGCACUAUGAAUAUUUGUGAUUUAUUUGUUAUCAAGCUUUUAUAAAUUAAUUGCAUUGUCUUUCCAUUUAUAUUGAUUUUAUUUAUUUAUAUUUAUUUCCUUUCUAAAAACAUACUAGAUGAUAGUUUGUCCUCUUCAUUUCAUAGAACAUUUUUACACUCAUGAUCAAUCUUGAUUACUUUGAUUAAUUUUAUACAAAUCUCUUGAGUGUUAUUGCCAAGGAUCAAAGAUGAAAUCGGUUUUCUUUCUAUUUGUUUUUCCAGUUUGAUGGUAAGAUUGCAAUAAAUGAAACCACAACAAAAACACAUAAAGAUAAUGUCAGAGAGGUCAGGGAAAUUUGUUCCAUGAGUGUAAACCAGGACAGAUGAGGUGGACUUCAUAUACCAGUGUCGUCAUAAAUGCUCCUCUCUGUGCUCCUGGCAGCUGUUUCAUUACAUUACAUUCCUUUUAGUGGAAAUGAUGCACAGCACAGUGUGGUGUUUGACUGAGUGAUCAGUAGAUAAUUAUGUAUAGAUAUUAUUAACUGAGUGGUAGCCUAUGUGAAUGUACUUAUAGUAGUUUAAUAACUAAUCUCACUGACUGAACUUGGCUUAAUAAACCACAAGGCAGCUAGAGCUGCUGAUGUAGUUAGGCCUGUAAAGAACUGCUUUUUUAUUGAGAAAAUUGUUCAUGCAUUCUUCAUUGUUGUGUAACAAUAAAUGUCAUUUAAGAAACAAUAA